GUCCGAUUGCAUCCAUCGCUGCUGACAUUUCACCAUGGCUGCCCUUCCUCAUCAGCUAUGUCUUGCUAUUUUUGACCUUUCCGCUCCUUGUGAUCAUGCCAAAGGAUCAUAAAGCCCCAGCCCCAACCCCGCCGACUGGUGACCCGGCUGAAGACUUGCCAGCGUCGCAGGAGCACGGCCGCAGUAUCCUUCAGACGGUUCUCCAUGCUUCGCUUGAUCAAUUCUGUCUUUUCUGCUUCAUGCUUUUUGAUCAUAAUAUGUGCCUGGCGGCAGUAGUAUUUCUUAUCAGCACUUUUCGAGGAAUCUCACUCCGCGCUCUCGCACAGUAUGCACCUUCUCGGCUUGAUUGGAAACUUUCCAGGACAAAUACUCUCAUUAGUGAAGUCGCUCUUGUCAACCUGGUCUUAUUCUUUUUCAUCAUGCCUGCUCUGUUGCGCAUCGUCAGCAAAUACUUGAAGCCCACACCCCAGGUCCUGAAUCUUGUAAUUGUGAGGGUUAGCUUGUCACUGCUCUUCGUAGGGUCAAUCUUACUUGCCUUUGCCACAAACUCAGCCUUUCUGAUUGCGGCAACGAUGGUCUACGGUCUCGGAUUCGGUGCCCGCUCGACACUGUUGUCACUCGUCACCUCAUGGAUUGACCCCAAACGCGCCGGCACCCUUUUCAGUGCCGUGUUUCUCGUCGAGCAAAUUGGUAUGCUCGGGGGAGAACCACUGGUGCAGAAUGUGCUUGGGAUUUCCUUCGGGUUGCAAGAUCCUUGGAAAGGCUUGCCGUUCAGCUGCACUGCUGCCUUCUAUCUAAUCAGCCUCGUUUGCGUGUUUUUGAUAAAAAUACACCAGGAGUAACAGCCUGAAACUUUGUGGGUGUCGACAUGUCAAGGAAGAUCUGAUUAAGAUUUACGACAAGCCUUACCAAUAAGUAGACUCUUAUUCUCUGAGUCACUCGAGAGAGCAUCGCCAAUAACCGCAAGGGUGCCUAUCAGAUCCUACCUUCGAGUCUAAGCUAACGGACCUUUAAAUGGCAUUUCGUGCUAUCAACUAUUUUAUGGAGGAAAUAUUAGUCUUUGCCUACAAUAGAUAUAAUACGUCAUCAUUCUAGAGGAUUAUAGACUUUAUGCGCUUACUUGUAGGUUUCUUAGGCUAAUAAGUCUUGACUAUGAUGCAGGGAUCAUCGGCGUCUCUUAGGUUCAGUCACAUUUCUUGUCACUUUAGAUGAAUACUACAGUUGCC